UAUCAGUCUCCUUUUACUGGAGGAACCAUACCAUAGCCGAUCAUUGUUUAUCGCCACUUAUCUCACCAUAAGUGAGGUCCCCGCAUUGAUCGCUUCGGCAUAGUCUCUUUGACAAAGAAAUUGGGUAACGAUGAAAUUGACAGCGUCGAAUCCAUGUCUAGGAGGAUUGUACAGCUUUAUAUGGUCUUUCCAUAUGAAGGAAGAUGUUUCUCCUAUCUUGCAAUCUGAGGCAUGUGCCUCUAUUCCAGGCCACUUCGUCGAUACGUCACAGGUAGAUCUAGUCAUGGCAGAUGUCGGCCUAACGGACCUCUAAUGUUACACCCCUGCCGGUCCAUGGCGCCGAAGAUAGGCUCUUCAUCCCCUUUCAGAAGUAUUUAUCGAACCUGUCGCAUCUGAAUACUCGAUACGAGAAGUCGUCCUUAUCUUUUCUUCUCUAUCCCGCACCGAACGGAAUGAAAGUAUUUUAGUUACACUGCUUCUGAGCUCCGCAUUGUACUCUUACUUCGGCUGCAGAUCCAGCUUAGUUUUAAUUCCUUUAAUGACCGCAUACUUAUUUUCAGGUAUUUAUGUGAGGUCAGUUCUCGGUAGCCUCCUCGAGCAGAUCUGUGAAGUCCAUGCCUUGAUCUGAAUUCAAUACAUGACAAAUGUGUCUCCGCACUAUUUGAGCUCGCAAUAGUGCCAAGUCUUCAUACUACCUUUCUUCGCGUGUCUUCUUGCAUCACAAGGGAUCAUUAUGGGAACCUUCGAUAUUCUUGAUAACCUGUGGUUACUUUCCUUCACUGCAGUCGGACUUACAGCUCUAUGUCUUGUUUUGAGCGGACUACAUGAUAAACCAGUUUGGCUUCGCUCGAAACUUCAUCGCUCCGGUACAUCGACAAGUGAGACCCUAACCCAAUCGACAUUGUUAGAAAAGAAAUCAAUGCAAUAUGCGGAUGUUCUACCACCUCAGGGCCGCCAAGUCCUCGCUGCGCUGCCAGGCUUUAUGACAGGAUCAAAUGAAGUUGACGAGAAGGAGGUUCUCAAACACAUCCUUCCCAUGACUGUGGAUUAUAGGAUCGGCCAGGAUGGUAAAUACACUUCGACAGGAUUCUCACUAGCUGAAGUCAAAGCUUUGGGGGACUUUCCAGACUACUCAAAGCUGAGCGGAGUUCCAUUGCCUCAAGCGUACCUCGAAUUUGAUAUUGAUAAAGGGCUAGCUAGGCCUUAUCGGCCAUUUAGAUGGGGCUAUCAUCAGACCAUGUCAUUGACAAAACUGGAGACGGACUGGUGGAUAGAGCUUGAGAACACCUACAAACAACGGAUCGCGCAACGAAAGGACCUGUAUGUGAAGCAUGGAAAUGCGGUCCUUGACUGGCUUCCGGGAUCUGAGCUGGCCUGCAAAGAACUUAUGGAGAUGGUCCUGCAAUUUCUCUGUGCCCGAUAUCCGCAGUACUUUUCUUUGAUAGACAAUCGUAUCCUACAAAAUAGGAUAUUGGGGGCAGAACAGGACAUAAGAUCUAGGCAUCCUCUUGAAAUCUUGCUCGACAACGUGCCCGAAGAUUUUGGUGUGAUGCUGCGUGAUGACAAGACCGGGAACUACUUCAUGCGUGCCGGAGUUAUCUGUUCUGCUUUGGGAUGGAAUGUUGGUACCAAGAUCGGCCUCCAGCUUCAUCAGAUCCAUGGCCCAGUGCCAGAUUACAAGGAGAAGAUGCAAUUCUCCAUGGAUCGGUUUUUCACCAAAAUGCCAACCGACAAACCAAUACAAAGAGGGUCCUGGGGCCUUGAAGUAGGACAACCCCUGUAUAUGCCCAAAGGGGAUCCUCACGAGAAGCUCCGAUUGUCACAGGAUCCCAAGCUCCAGCUAGAUGACUGCCAUCUCAGGGUGGAUUGGCAGACACUCCGCCGUCUUCCUCUCUCGGGGGCCAUUGUAUUCAACUUCAAGGCACUCUUCACACCUGUGACCGAAUUCAGGGAUGAACCCGGCGUGCCUGCAUUAGUGGCGAAGGUUUUGAAAGAGGGCAAGAAGAAUCUCAUGGAGUAUAAGAGUACAUGGCACGUAGAACAUGUCAUACUUCCUAAACUUGAAGAAUGGGCAAAAGAACAAGAAGAGAAUGAGCUCGUUUCCAGGAAUUGGAAAGUAGCUACAUUGGAUGACAGUCCAUGGUAUCGGAAUUGGGAGGAAAAGUGGCAUCGCCAACAGGGCUUUUAGCACGAUAUGCUUGCUCUGUCUUUCUACUCUCGGUUUCUUUUUGAUUGUUUCUGAUGUUGAUAUAUUUGAUGUCGAUAGGGGAAGUUCUGUCACAAGUUUCAUUUAUUUGGG